GUCCCUAUCUAAAUUUCUAAUUUCUCUCUCAAAGCGAGCGACGAGUCGAGUUCGCUUUGAGAUCAAGCAAAGGCAUCAGAUCUGCACCUGCAACAUCAAUCCUACCUUCGCAUCUCUUAAUCUCCAAUAUCUAUCCCAUCCUUAACUACAGGUACCAAUUCUGCCUCUCUCCAUAUGUCUGUAUAUCCUCUGUUUCAGAAUAAAUCUUGCUGAGCUUCUUUUAGGGAUUGUUCUGGUGAUGUUUGUUCUUUUUUUUUUCGAAUUGAACUUUGGAUCAUAGAAUCUGAACUCAGGAUCUUCACUGCGCAUCCGGAUCGCGCGUGCUUUAAUCUUUGUCUCAUCAAUAUCAGUCAUGUGGAGGUUCAAGCCCUUCAUGCCUAAGGAACAAGCUGGGCUUGAAGGUCGCUCUAUUGAUGUUGGGAGUCUUAAAAUUCUUGUACGGAAUGCCAUUGCUGAAGGAGGCUUCUCUUGUGUUUACUUAGCUCGAGACCUUAUACAUUCGUCGAAGCAAUAUGCUUUAAAGCACAUUAUAUGUAAUGACGAGGAAUCACUGGAACUGGCGAUGAAGGAGAUCUCAGUGAUGAAACUGCUAAAGGGACAUCCCAAUGUUGUAACUCUUCAUGCUCACACUAUCUUGGAUAUGGGACGGACAAAGGAAGCCCUUCUUGUCAUGGAAUGCUGUGAAAAAUCUUUAGUUAAUGUGCUGGACAGCAGAGGAUCUGGGUAUUUUGAUGAGAAACAGGUUCUUUCAAUCUUCAGAGAUGUGUGUAAUGCUGUCUUUGCAAUGCACUGCCAGUCUCCACCCAUUGCUCACAGGGACUUGAAAGCUGAGAAUCUUCUGUUGGGGUCUGAUGGAUUAUGGAAGUUGUGUGAUUUUGGAAGCACCUCUACUAAUCAUAAGCGCUUUGAGAAGCCUGAAGAAAUGGGAAUUGAGGAAGAUAAUAUCAGGAAGCACACGACCCCUGCCUAUAGAGCACCAGAGAUGUGGGAUCUGUUCCGGAGAGAACUUAUAAAUGAGAAGGUAGACAUCUGGGCUCUUGGUUGCCUCCUCUUUCGUAUCUGUUACUUCAAGUCUGCUUUUGAUGGAGAAUCAAAGCUGCAAAUCUUAAACGGGAACUAUCGCAUUCCAGAGUUACCAAAGUACAACUCGUCUAUUACAGGCUUAAUCAGGGACAUGCUUGAGUCUUUGCCAGAAGCCAGACCAGACAUCACGCAGGUGUGGUUUCGUGUCAAUGAGCAAUUACCUGCUGGUUUGCAGAAAUCGUUACCUGACAGACCUCCUGAAAUGCGCCAAUCAUCUACUGACAUUCCGGAAGGCAUGUCAAAACCUGCAAAUAAGGCUUCUCCAAUGCCUCGUAGAAGCCCACCACCCCCACCUUCUCCAAAAGAGCCAACUCGAACUUUAUCCCCACCACCACUUUCCUCAGGAGCAGGGGGAGAUGGAGGGCCUCUGGGUGCUUUCUGGGCCAGUCAGCAUGCCAAGGACACAAUUGUUGCUAAGACUAAGAGCGGAAUUAAGUUCGAUGAAGAACCAACCACCCUUAGCACAUCAAAACAUAAUGGGAUUCGUCUGGAUAGAAAUCCUAGCCCUAACCAUUCAAAACAGGAAAAUACGCAAACUCAUCAUGUCCAGAGAAAUGUUCGGGGAAUAUCUUCCAACAAGCUUGAGGAUGGUCUUUCCAAGGACUUUGAAACAAGGUUUUACCCUGAGGCUUUAAACAGAGGUACUGAAAGACCAAAAGUGUCAAAAUCCGAAAACAUGGCUGCUUUUCAGAACGAGGCUUUCAACACUUUUGUUGCAGAAUUUGAUACCAGUAAACUCAGUUCUGGAAUUAAUGAUGACAAAAGCACAAAUGAAGCAGCCUUGGAAGCUGAAAUUGCAAGGCUGAAAGAGCAGCUGCAGCAAGCUAACUUGGAGAAGUCUGAAAUAACUUCCAAAUAUGAAAAGCUCUCUGCCAUAUGCAGAUCACAACGGCAGGAGAUACAAGAGCUUAAGCAAGCUCUUGUUGCUCCAUCCCCAGCUAGAGAUGUUUCGAGAAACCAUGACUCUCCAGGACUUGGCCUCUCAGCCACUAAGCCGAGGGAAAAGAUAGAAGGAAGUGUUUGGGAAGUCCAGCAAGGACCAUUUGACAAGAACUCGGGAAGCCCAGAUUCAAAGCCAUGGCAGGCUUUUACUGAAGAUCCCAAUCCACAGACAAUGUCAAACAACAAUGCCACGAAAUCAGUUAGGACGAGAAACAUUCAUCAAAAAAAACAGGCAACCGAACUGACUUCUAGCCCCGAUUCAUGGGGUUUUGGAACGGAGAGUUUCACAGCAGUCCCGGCAUCUGGCUCGCAAAUGUUUGGAUCUGCUGCUGGUGAAGGGAAUUAUUCCCAGCGCUCUGGUGAUUCCAAAAAUAUCGAGGGCAAACCAGCUUCUCAGCCUUCUGGGUGGGCUGGCUUUUAACGGAAGUGAUGCUGUGUUGUUUGGGUAUUUGGUGUGGUUUUUACCCAUAUAUGCUAAUCUAUCUUUUUGCUUACGGGUUGGAAGAGUGGGAAUAUGUGAGGUGGAAUACAUAGCUUAUUCGCAUCGUUUGUGUUGGAUAAUUUUGUUUUAUCAAAUGGGACAUUUGUAAACAUUCCUUUGAUCAAUCAGCUGGUAAGAGCCAGAAAUGGUUUUCGUUUA